ACUGACACAAAUAUUAUCUGCACUACCACAUCAUCCAGUGUAAGCGGAGAUGUGUCUCUUACAGUUUAUUUUGGAAAUGUGAGCAGGAAUUCCUCUGAAAUGUUCAGAGUCACCUCUAACCCGAAUGUUACAAGGAUCUCGCCCUCAAAAAGUAUAUGCUCUGGUGGUAGACAAGUGGACAUUUUUGCGAAUAACUUUGAUGCAGUCCAAGUGAUAAAAAUUUCCGUGUCACAUAAUAAUUCAAGUUCUCCCCAAAAUAAUUGUACCUUAAGCGGAAAUGAUGGUGUGAGGUGCUAUACACCAAAAUUUCCUGGUGAGUGUCCAACGAUGUGUGAUGGUGGCCAGCCAGUGGAUAUGCAAAUCUUUUUUGAUGGCUAUACAUACAGUCAUGACAGUCAUGGUGAUAAUACCUUCAAGUAUACAACCAACCCAAAUUACUAUAUGUUCAAUAAUACAGAGCAUUACAAUCUUACAGAUGGGGCGUUAGAACUUGCCAACAGGGAGUUAAAGUUGCAGGGGGAAAAUCUGAACUGUGCCAUUGAGAAAAAUGAAGUUGAAGUUCUUGUUGGUGACAAAACUUGUGAUAUUUCAACUUUGUCUAAGAAAGUACUGAUUUGUACUACAUCACAAGAAAAAUUGUCAAAUGAUUUAGUGAGAGUACGUCAUGGUAACUUUGAUGUAAUACUUGGUAAAGUCAGUACCCCCAAAAGUACGUUAUGGAUUGGUAUUGUAGCCGGCGUUGGAUCUGUGGCCAUCAUAAUCUUUGUCGUGGUUGUCUGUCUUAAACGAAAAGAACAUAAAGCCAAAAGAAGCACUGAGCAUUUACUCAUGGAAUUGGACAGCAUGGUGGACAGUGUGAAGGAACAAGCACUUGUUGCUAUUGCGGACAUGACUCUGAAUUUGAAUGACCUAGCACAAGAUCUAGAAGGUCACGGAAUGCCUUUUAGGGGGCCAAAGGAGUACACGAUGAUGAUGAUGUUUUCUGGCUAUGACAAGAGACCAAUAGAAGCAAAUGGCAAUGAGAACGAACAAGAAAACCUAACCGAAUUCUCAAGACUUCUUUCCAAUAAGGACUUCUUAGUUGUAUUCAUUAAAGUUAUCAACAAGAGUAAAAUGUUUAGUAUCCGAGAAAAAGGAAAUUUUGCAUCUCUGCUUGCAAUUUUAAUGGUAGUUGACGACAGAUUGAACUUGAACUAUUUAACCUCUGUCCUAGAUGUGUUGCUAAGGGAUCACAUUGAUGAAAUGGUAUCAGACCGAAAAGCUAAGCAAGUGCUAAGAAGAAAUGAAGGUGUUACAGAGAAACUUCUGUCCAACUGGGUGUGUCUUUGUAUGUAUUCACACCUACAGCAACAUAACGCCCAGCCUCUAUAUCUGAUGUACCAAUCGAUCAGGUGUUAUGUAAACAAAGGUGCUGUUGAUGCGGUCACCCAUCAUUCCCAGCAUGCCCUGAGCUUAAACACACUCCUCCGUGAAGACGUUAAAUAUGAGGAAAUCACACUGGACGUGAUUUUCAAUUCCGACACAGUACGAGUUGAAGUAUUAAGUUGUGACACUGUUACUCAAGUUAAAGAAAAGAUUUUAAAUGUGUUGUGUAAGAAUAAACCUUAUUCUAAAAGGUAUCCUGCUAAAGAUGUUGAUCUAGAUUGGCAGCAUGGAAGUGCAGGUCAUCUUAUUCUACGAGAUUUGGAUAACACAUCUAUCCAGAAAGGCAACAAAAGAAAACUAAAUACUAUGGAGCAUUUUAGAGUGAGGACUGGUUACAGGGUUAAACUUGUUUCUAAGCAAGAUGAAGCAAAUGCAAGUGUCAACCAGUCAAAUGGCACACUGCGUGGGCUGGAUAACUUGGCCUACAGUGGAGCUCUUGAUCCAGAAUCAGUCAUUUAUUCUGAUGAAAUUGACUUGGAACUUGCGACCGUUUAUCAUCUAGUUGAUGAAUCGGAAGAUGCCGCGUCUGGCAGCAGAUCAAAUCAGAAAGCUUCCAAAAAGAAAGCAAUUGAUGAGUUGUUCUUCCCCAAGAUGCUUGCGACCAAGCAAACUAUUCUAAAGUAUGUACAAGACAUGUUCCAUUCCAUUUUGAAACCAGCAACUCACGAUCACAGUCCGCCAUUGGCCAUUCAGUACCUCUUUGAUCUUUUUGAUCGUGAGCAGCGGAAACACAAGGUUGGACACGAUGUCCUGAAGGCCUGGAAAAACCAAAG